AUGAAGUACUCCGUUCUUUUAGGUGCCCUUGCCCUGAAUCUGGUGUCGGCGCUCGCGGAAGACGACGACAGCAAUGUCGUCACCACGACCAUCUACGGCACCACGACCAAUACCCACAAGUACGGAAAAUUCGACAAAACAAAGGCCUCCUCUGAGGAAACCUCCAGUGGAACGCACAAGUACGGAAAAUUCGACAAAACUAAGGCCUCCAAGGAGUCGUCGUCCACAGGCACACACAAAUACGGCCGGUUCGAUAAGACGGAGGCGUCGAAAGAGUCGUCGUCCACUGGAACCCACAAGUACGGCAAAUUCAACAAGACAAAGGCUUCCGAGUCGUCUUCGUCGACGGGCACGCACAAGUACGGCAAAUUCGACAAGACGGAGGCCUCGAAAGAGUCGUCGUCCACUGGAACCCACAAGUACGGCAAAUUUGACAAGACCAAGGCCAGAACCACCACGACUGUUUACGUUGCCGAGUCGAGCGCUGCCGAGCAGAGACAGCAAGUCCUGGCCGGUUCCAACUCAACCGCCAACUCGACCUCCAGCGCACUGAGCUCCUCCAGCGCAGGAGCUGCGCACGCUUACGGUCUCUCCAUCGGCAUGCGGCUGGAGGUGGCUGAAUUUUUUCUUCAGCGUGGCGGUGUAGAUGGCAUCGCUGAGCUGCGAAAAAAGAGCCGUCGUCACGCUCCGGCCAAAGUAGAGGAACGUCAUCGCCAGGAUCGUGCUGCCAGGCGUCUUCGGGCAGCACAGCUGGACGCUCAUCAUAGGAGCCUGGAGCGUCAAACCGGCCCCGAGGCCGAACAGCACCUGCAGGCCGUAUCUUUUGGCCGGAGUCGAGUCUGCCUUGAGCAGGGUCAGAAUGCCAAUGCCGAUCGACCCCAUCGCCGACCCGAUGAGCGCGUACAGCUUGACGUGGCGCGUCUUCUGGAUCAGCAGGCCGGUCGCAACCGAGCCCAGCACGAGCGGGAUCACAGACGGGAGCAGCGACAGCCCCGCGUGGAACGCAGACAGGUUGUGCAGCGUCUGGAAGUACACCACCAGGAACUGCGAAAGCACCAUGAACGCGCUGUAAACACUGGACAGCUGCAGCACAGACACGGUCACGCCGUACGUUUUGACGAUGUUGAACGGCAGCAGCGGCUCCUGCGCAAAGAGAAAGUCCCAGACGCAGAACAGAAUGACCAACACGCCGCCAAUGACAAACAGACAGAUGAUCGGCGCAGAGCUCCACUUGAACUCGUUGUCGCCGAACGAGAUGGCCAGCAAAAUGAGCACGAGCCCGGCCACCAUGGUGACGACGCCGGGGUAGUCGAUUUUCUUCGUUUUCUCGAGCAGGUCGCCCGCCGGCGUCUUGGGCCGGAAGCUGUACAUGAACAGCGGCACGAUCACGGCCGCAAAACACAGGUUGAUGUAGAAGCACCAUCUCCAGGUCGUGUAGCUCGUGAACACGCCGCCGAGGAUCGGGCCGAUCACCGACGCCGCGACAAACGUGACGCUCAUGAGCGCCAUGAUCAUCGGCUUCUUGUCGAUCGUGGUCACCUCGGUAGCGAUGUUCAUCACACACGCCUGGAUCCCGGCGCCGCCGACGCCCUGGAGGGCGCGGCCGCCAAUCAGCAUGUUCAUCGACUGCGCCACCGCACACACGAGCGAGCCGGCCUCGAACAGAAACAUCGACGCAAGCAUCACCCACCGUCUACCGAAGAUAAUCGACAGUCGGCCCCAAACCUGGGCUGUGCACCCUAUACCCAGAACAAAGGCCGACGUGAUCCACGUCAGCUUCUCAAACGAGCGGAACUUCUCCGACACCUGGACCAGGAUCGUGAAGCUGAUAGUUUGGUCGAGCGCCACCAGAAACAGGCACAACAUGAUCGAGCUGACACACAUCCACAGCUUGGCUCCGUGGAGGUACUGCUCUGA